AUAUAGAGCAAGAAAAAAAGCAUUUUUGUUUAAGUUUCGAGUUGUACAUCAGCUCAGUCUGUGGAAUAAAAACAGUUGAACAGAGAGGACUAGAAAGUGUUGCUUUUGGUGCAUCUGCUCGUCUAAAUCAGGAAAUCCUAUUGAACUUCCUGGCAACACACACACACACACACACACACACACACUGCACAAACACAGAAGUCAAAGAAGAGCGGCCUGGUUUACAAAUGUUCGAAACGAAGACUAUUGCUGAACUAAUAAAAAGUAAUAUUCAUGGAUCUCAGUGAGGAGGAGUCAGCCCCUCUGGUGAUCAGAGACAGAGGAGGCAGCCAGAGGUCCAGUUCAAGUACUGGUUCCAGUUUACAAGUCCACCUCUACUACUUCUCCACCACAAAGGAAGCAACAACAAUACACAUUUCAUGUGGACAAAUCUCAGCUGAAAAUGUCUGCAUUCAAGCAGGAAAAAAAUGUGGAAUCUUACCAGUGUACCUGAGUCUUUUUGGAUUGGUGUCUUCUGAUUUCUCAUUUUGGUAUCCUCCAUCACACAUGUUCAACUCAGAUGAAAGGUUACAAGUUCAUUUCAGAGUCAGAUUUUUCUUUGGAAACUGGUUUGCACAAGGACCAAGAGCCACAUACCGCUUCAGUCUGACCAGAGACAUAAUCAGUCCAGUGCUUGACUGCAGUGUCAUUGAUUAUCUUUUUGCUCAGUCAAGAAGUGACUUCAUUGCUGGUGAGGCAGGAGUUUCUCCACCUUUAAGCACUCAAGAAGAAUGCCUCGGCCUCGCAGUACUGGACUUGUGGAGAAUGGCCAAAGAGCGACAUCAGAGUGUAAGAGAGCUCUGCAAAACUGUCAGCUACAAAUCAUGUCUGCCGAAGUCCCAUCGCCAUGACAUCCAGAGACGAAACCGCCUGGAUCGUUAUCGAAUCCGAAACACCCUCAAGCAUUUCUUGAAAAAGCUUGGAAACUGCUCUGUGGACGAGUGCAGCUUGAAACUCAAGUACCUGACUGAAAUGGCAGGGAUCGAGCCCUCUCUGGGAAGUGAAACCUUCAAAGUGGAUCCUUUGGCCUCCCAUUCAAAGUCAGCUUUCGGUCUCAUUCGAGUGACUGGAGAAACUGGGAUUCAAACCAGUGGAGGUUGUCAGUCUGAUAGUUCAAUGGAGUGGCAGACCUUCUGUGAUUUCCAGGAAAUCAUUGACAUCAGUAUAAAGAGGGUUUCUCAUGAGCAAGUUCCCCAUGAGAGCAGGAUGGUGACAAUAACCCGCAAAGAUGACACAUGUCUGGAAGCCAAGUUCCAGGACCUAAAAGAAGCACUUUCAUUUGUGUCACUUGUUGAUGGUUACUUCAGGCUGACUACAGAUUCCAGCCACUACCUCUGGCAAGACAUUGCUCCCCCAAGUAUUCUGGACAUUAUAAAAAACCAUUGCCACGGCCCAAUCACAUCCGAGUUUGCCGUCAACAAAUUGAAAAAAUCUGGAUAUAAAGGUGGUACAUUCCUCGUUCGGCAGAGUCCAAAGACCUAUGACAGCUUCUUCCUCACUGUGUGUGUUCAGACACCACUCGGACUUGACUAUAAAGACUGCCUCAUUAUUAAGAAUGAGCACUACAGUCUUCCGGGAAUCCACAAGUCAUUUUCCAGCUUGAGAGAGUUGACCAGCUAUUACCAACACACAAAGUUGCUGCUGGCUGAUGUGCCCGUCAAGUUGGGCCACUGCUGUCCUCCCCGACCCAAAGAGCUCACAAAUCUCAUCAUCGUACGCAGCGGCAACUCCGUAGAAAGCCAGGGCUCGCCAACACCUGAAAGGAACAAAUUCAGUCAUAUCCAGUUCAACAUUAUUAAAUACGAAGACCUGAAAUGGGACAUCAGCCUCGGACAGGGAUCCUUCACACGUAUCUUUAAAGGCUACAAAACAGACAUUCACAAGGGCGAAAAACAAGUGACAGAAGUCCUACUGAAAGAGCUUGAUGUUGCUCACAAGAACUCCUGGGAGUCAUUCUUUGAAGCUGCCAGCUUGAUGAGUCAGAUUUCACACAAACAUCUCCUCCUUGUUUAUGGCAUCAGUGUUCACGGAGUAAAAAACAUCAUGGUGCAGGAGUUUGUCAAGUACGGGGCUCUUGACCUCUACUUAAAGAGAGGGAGAUCUGUGUCAGUGAGCUGGAAACUCGAUGUUGCCAAACAGCUGGCAUCUGCACUCAGCUUUCUGGAAGAGAAAAACAUUUUUCAUGGAAAUAUAUGUGCCAAAAACCUGCUGCUGGCCAGAGAAGGUGACCCAUUGCAGGGCAGCUCUCCUUUCAUCAAGCUGAGUGACCCAGGGAUCAGUGUGGCCAUGCUGGGAGAGGAUGUUAUACUGGACAGAAUCCCCUGGGUGGCCCCUGAGGUCCUGGAGGACCCAGACAACUUGACGCUGGAGUGUGAUAAGUGGAGCUUUGGUGCCACUGUGUGGGAGAUCUUCAACAAUGGAAACGCUCCACUGCGAGGCUGGGACCUAAAACUGAAGAGGCAGUUUUAUGAGGCAUUCCAGCAGCUGCCUCCCUCACAGUGGACAGAGCUGGCUGAACUGAUCAGUCAGUGUAUGUCCUACCAGCCAGCCUUCAGACCUUCCUGUCGCAGUAUCAUCCGCCAACUCAACAGUCUGAUCACUUCAGACUAUGUAAUUCUGCAUGCCACUGAGCCUGUCACACAGAGCCCAUUGUUGAGAGCACUCGCCCCUCAACACGACCAGACGUUGUUUGAGGAAAGACACCUGCGCUACAUCUCCCCUCUGGGAAAAGGGAACUUUGGCAGUGUUGAACUUUGCCGUUAUGACCCAUUGGGGGAUAACACCGGGGAACUGGUUGCUGUGAAGAAGCUACUGCCCAACAAGCAGUCGACCCAGGAGGACUUCCAGAAAGAGAUCAACACCCUUAGUGUUUUGCACUGCGAAUACAUUGUCAAAUACAGAGGAGUCUGCUACAGUAUGGGUCGUCUCAGUAUGAGCUUGGUGAUGGAGUACUUGCCCUACGGCAGCCUGAUUGGCUACAUGGAGAGUAACCAACAUAAUGUUAACACCAGGCGGAUGCUGCUCUUUGCUUCUCAGAUCUGUAAGGGGAUGGAAUACCUGCAGACUCUACGCUAUGUACACAGAGACCUUGCAGCCAGAAAUAUCCUUGUGGCCAGUGAGACAUUGGUGAAAAUCACUGAUUUUGGACUGACUAAAAUCAUUCCUUUUGACAAGGAGUACUACAAAAUCAUGCAGCCUGGCGAGAGCCCCAUCUUCUGGUACGCCCCAGAGUCCAUCAGUGAGUCCAAAUUCUCCCACAAAUCCGAUGUCUGGAGUUUUGGAGUGGUACUUCAUGAACUCUUCUCCUACUGCAACAAUGCCCGCAACCCGAAAAGACUGUGCAUGCAGGAGAUCGGACACAAUGUGCAGGGUGCAUCCAUUUCACUGCAUUUGACAAAUAUUCUAAAGAAUGACUGGAGGCUGCCAGCUCCUCCACAUUGCCCACCCACGGUGAACAAUAUGAUGAUGCAGUGCUGGGCAUACGACUUCAAUGAGAGGCCAUGUUUCUACAGCCUGGGGAACCAAAUAGAGGUGCUAGGUGAAACGUCACAGUCGACGCAUAAAAUACGUCUGUCCAGUAACCGGCGGCCGGAUGACGUCACAAGCAACGACCCGAGCAAACUGGAUUCUGUCAGAACGUGAUUUACAGAGAUUAAAGGAUGAGAAGAAUGAGAACCAGAGAAUUCAUGGUGGCAGUAGCUCUUGGUGUGCUGUUUCUCCAUCUGUGUAAUUAUUUUAGUGACCGGAAAACCAUUUGGCUCUCUAAUAAUGAGGGAAAGGU